GAUCUGCUGCGAUGUUCAGGAGUCUCCAGAGUUUAUACAGAAUUCUGUCUGCUGGCUGAAACACCUUGUUAAUAAGAGAUCAGAAGCGAAUGACCAGACUGGUCUUAGCUGACAAGGAAGUCUAAUAAACACUCUUUAUGAAUGUGGAGACCGGCCAUCAUGUUUGUGUGUAAGGUGACUCUGGGACUGCUCCUGGCCCUGCUGCUGGUUUGCUGUGUUCAAGCUGAGGACAAGCCUGCUUCUGAAUUAUCUGUUGGAGAUCUGCUAGAGAGAGCAAACAGAGGCAUUGUUCGUGAUGCUAGUGAGCCAAAAGUUAUAGGAGAUAUUGCUGUGGAUGAUGAACAUGAUGCAAGGAACGCUGAUCCCUGCACUUCGAGUGGCUGCAUGUGGCCGAAAUCCAGUGAUGGCAAAGUCUACGUGCCUUAUGUCAUUGCCAACCACUUCACUUCUAGUGAGCUGCAGGUCAUCCAGCGAGGUCUGGAUUCCUUCUCUUCUGUUACAUGCAUUCGUUUUAUUCGACGCUCUAACGAGAGGGAUUACAUCAGUAUUGAGUCUCGCAGUGGAUGCUAUUCCUACGUUGGACGUCGUGGGUACAGCCAAACUGUGUCUCUCGACCGAAAUGGUUGUAUUUAUCAUAACACAGUUCAGCAUGAGCUUCUUCAUGCUCUGGGGUUCAACCACGAACAGUGUCGCAAUGACCGAGACAAUCACAUCCGUGUUGUGUGGGAGAACAUCAUUGAUAGCUAUAAAUAUGCCUUUGACAAGAUCGCCACUCUUAACCAGGGAACUCCUUAUGACUACAACUCAGUCAUGCAGUACCACAGAACUGCUUUCUCUAAGAAUGGCCAAGCCACCAUGGUCCCCUUCCCCAACAGCAAUGUUGCCUUUGGCCAGGCCACUCAGAUGAGCCAAAAUGACAUCAAACGAGUGAAUAAUCUCUACAGAUGCUAAGAACUUCAUUCAAGCACAAGCAGAUAGACAGCAGAAGGAUCGGUGUUUAAGAACAAUAUACAAAAAAUCUCUUCCUGACAACAUUUUACUCUUUUGUCUAUGUAAUUAACAAAAUGUAUAUAUACACACAGAAAUAUUAAAAAGCUGUGUCACACAGACACACACACACACACACACACACACACACACACACACACACACACACACACACACACACACACACACACACACACACACACACACACACUAAAUAUUCCUAUAGCACGGUCAUCUUCAGAAUAAUUGCCAACCUUGUUAAAUAUGGGUGAUGGUCUUUGUCAUGAGAUAUAUGUAUAUUUAUCUGAGAUAAAUGUGAUCUUCAGUUCAAGUAAAUUCACAUAACAAAUUGUAUUUUUUGGAAAAUAAAAAGCUAAAUGUCACAAUUA